AUGCCAAAACGCAUUCCAUUUCACAUCGUCUACGCAACAAGCGAGGACAGCUCGUACCCAGCAUGCGAGCUGAACGCGCAAGGGCCAGCGGCUCGCGGCUGGCGCAGCGAGGGCGCUCCACCACACGAGCUCCUUCUUCGACUGUCCCGCGUCACCUCCGUACAUAAACUACAACUAUUGGCACACCACCAGCUCAUACCGUCAUGCGUAGAAGUCCUCGUGUCCGGUGGCCUGGUUUCCGAAGGCGCAGCGACACCAUGUGGAGCCACAUACACCAGUGUGGGCCGAGUCACAUUAGCCAAGCCAGCGCCCCAAGCUAGAACCAGGGAAUUAAGAUCAGCUGCCCUCCCAGAGCCUACAGUAGCACGCUUCGUUAAACUCAGGCUGUCUGGACCGCAUCCACCAGCUAAAGAAGAUGAUCAGGUGGCGCUUAUGGCCGUCAAUGUCCUUGGUGAGGAAGCUGAAGAGGCGGACACCACACCGACUGCCAGCAAAGAACCGUCCUACUCUCCCUAUGACGACCUCGCUUUCAUCAUGUACGUCGACAACGACAUAGCUGAUCUGAUUCGGAAUUUGGAUGAGAAGAAAAAGAAUGCUGUUCAGGAGGAACGCUUUGAAUAUGCUCGUCGCUUGAAAUCUGCUGGUGCGGCCCUCGCUUCUGCUGGAAUCCGCAUCGGUCGAUGGCGUCUACGGAAGCGAACAGCUGCAGCACGUGAUGACUUCGAACUAGCGCGGCGCAUGCGUGAUCGAAUAGCUGAUGCUUUGUGUGGGGUAAAAGAGGAUCCUGCGCUAUGUAGGCUGUUUGAGGAUGAUGGGCCAGACCACCGCAACGAUUCCUCUAUGCCCCAAGAAUACGACUUCUCUCACCAUCUGUCUCCAUCUGUGGUGGCUGGCUCCCUCAGUUUGGAUAUACCGUCGCCAGUACCUCCAAUAGAAGCCGAACCUGAACAGGAACCAGAAUACGUAAAUGGUCAGGAAGAAGAGAUAGAUAACACACCUCCGUCACCUGAACAAACGCUACAAGAAGAAAUACCUCCCACAUUUCCUCAUCCUGAACCAAUUCAAGCCGUCCAAGAGCAACUUAUGCAGGAAGAGAAAGAAAGAGAGAAACUAGAAGCUCAGAAAAAACUAGAAGAAGAAGAACUGCGGAAAGAGACGGACAGUCCUCGAAGGAGUAUCACACCAAAUGCAGUCAACGGUCUUCCUCCAGGUUCCGUGAUUCGUCGCAGAAACAAGAGUGCAGGUCCUCGGUCAACUUUCGAAGCUUAUGAAGAACGAUUGCUACCCGCAUUGAGACAUUCCCACACCAAUGAGUACUUGCGUGAGGGUCGCGAAGAAGAAUGCAGUGGAGGCAGUGCAGCCACGUCUCAUUCUCGCAACCAACCUACGCAACCACACAAACUGAAUGAAAGAGAGAGAAAACAUGCUGCUCUUCCUAUUGUUAUAUUUGGUUACCCUUUAGUAGAAAAAUUCUUCUCAAAGAACUAUUUAGACAAAGAAGAAGGAUUAUCCCGAUUGCGAGCUGAACUCACAUCUCCGUCCAAUGGCAGCACCAAGACCUCACCUAACAAAACAGCAAGAGCUGCUGCCCUAUUACUCCAGAGAGCCCUCAGAGAUAAAGUGUUCUCCGUAUACAGCUUAGCGAAUGAAGUGGUGAAAGUUCUGUUCAAGGACUUUGUGCCGGACAGGGUUUGUGGUGCGGAAGUAGGCCGUUCUAUAGAGAAGUUGCUGCCCGAGUUGCUUCGUGCCUGCGGAGAUCCAGCUCCUCGAGUACACUCCACUGCGCAGCAUACAGUUCUUACCGUAGCUGAUUGCCCACAAGUCAGAGCUCUUCACAUAAUACCUCAGCAACUGGUGCGUCCCGUGGCUGCAUCGAUGCACCCUCGACUUGCACUCUCGAGACUGCAAAUGCUAGAACAGCUCAUACUUAGCCAUGGCAUUUCUACUGACAAGAACAGCGGUCUUACAGUUCGCCGUUUGGCGGAAUGUGGAGCAGCAGGGGCUCAGCACGCAGCCGGUUCUGUUCGUGCCGCAGCCGAACGUAUUCUUCUAGCAGCUUACGCACGCUCCCCGAGGGUGGUGCGAGCUCAACUACCUCCCGAUGAUGCAGUAACCAGAAGGAACCUAAUCUAUAGACAUCUGUUCCAACAGUUCGAUAGAAUUGAUAUGCAGAAAAUACUAAAUCAAGCUCCCACUGAAGAACAACUUCUAAACGGAAUAGACUCGUCCAUAGUCGACAAUUCCCACGAAACAGAAAGCCUCGCACCCUCUAAUCGAAGUGGAACAACGGCCAGCGGCGUAACAGCCUCAUUAGGCAUGACGUCAUCGAUCAGCGCCAUUUCAUCGAACAGUCUGAAGUCCAUGACGUCUAACACCAGUGGGGGAACUUUAGCACCGUCAAGUAUAGGUGGUAGUUACACCACAUCGAAAACAAAAAGCAGUUUAAAGAAAUCACCCACGAAAAGAUACACUCCGAGUAGAACUGUGAAGGACUUUGUUAAUUAUCCGGGUUAUAAUAAGCUGAGAUUAGAUAGUGCAGCUAGUCCCAAACAUUCACCGAGAUCUAGCGCUUCAGGAACCGAGAAAGUACACUUCGAGGAAGCCCAAAACCAAGCUCAAGAUCAGGUAGUAUAUCGCCGUACAAAUCGUAACAGCGAAAAUCGUCACUCAAUGAUUCACUACGACCAUGAACCUUCGAAACCCCACCUUAAGGAACGUCCAGUUACUGUCUACGAACCUUUACAUCUAGAUUAUCGAGAUUCACCAACAUUUGGAUCUCCUAAAACAUCCAAAAACGAUAUACGAAGUAUGGACUCUUUGCCUAUGGACUCCCCACAGAUGUCAAGAAAUGAUUUAAGGUGUGAUUCCGACUGCAGGAGUUUGGACUCCCCGAAAGUAAAAGCGGAUUACUUUAGGGAUGGGGCACUUGAAUCUCCGAAGUUGGUGGCUGGUCUCAGGAACUUGCAUCUUGAUGAACAUAGCCAGAUGGAUGAAAGUGGUUAUUACAGUCCAGGUCGGAGACACAUACAGACGAGCAGUGAUGAGAGGCACUAUGAGGGUUACGACUUGGGUGGAGGAGACGCCGCUGAUAAUAUACCAGAUCCCAUAACUUUACACACGACAUGUACGUGGUGCGGACGUCGCGUGAGAGCUGAUGCGUUGGAGUCACACUACUGGCGCCGCUGCGUGUUAUUGGCGCGUUGUCCACAUUGCCGCGUCGCACUCGAAGCUAGGAUGCUACAUGCACAUCUACUGGAAGAGUGUACCAUGAGUGAGGGAAGCUGGAAGGCGUGCCAAUCCUGCGGAGCUGCACUGCGAGCUGAUGACACCGAUUAUCACGCAAACUGCAUACCUCUGGGUAUGGAUGAAUGGAAGUGCCCUUACUGUUUCACCAACGUUCUGGCGCGUGACCUACCUUGGCAAAGGCAUCUGAUGCAGUGCCCCCGCAACCCGAGGAUUACUCAAUCUUCAUAG